AAACUUUUACAGAGAUGCCUAUUGAAGCUCCUCCUGCUUCUAAAGAGACUGAAAGGCAGCUUUCCAAGAAGGAACUGAAGAAAACAGGGCUUGAAGAACUUGAAGCUAUUCUCUCUGAGUUUGGUCAUAUGAACAGAGAGAAAAGCAGCCAAGAUGAAACACAAGAUGAUGCACAGAUGCAGAAACCGGUGGAUUCCAAAGGAGAUGUGGACAAGAAAGAGAAUGCUCCUGGAGAAAGCAAAAGAAUGAAAAAGAAAAAGAAGAAGGACAAGUCUUUGAAAAAGGCUAAAGAAGUGCAAGAGCAACUUGGAGGCAUAGAAGUUGGAACUAGAACAGAUGAAACUACCGAGGUUGAGAACUUUGGAGAUAAUGCUACCAUUGACAUGAAAGAGCGGCUUAAGAAACUGACAUCCACGAAAAAGAAAAUGUCUUGCAAAGAGAUGGGUUCUGCUGCCAGAGCAGCGGCGGUGGAGGCUGCUGCAAGGAGUGCAAAGCUUGCCUCAGCAAAGAAAAAGGAGAAGAAUUGCCAUAAUCAGCAUCCGGUGCGGUGAACUGAGAAAACCUUUUUCCUGCCUUUGUUAUCUUUGUUAUGCAUGAGCAUGUCCUUUGUCUUGUUCAUUGUAGGAUAAACAGUGAGAGUCAGUGAUAUGAAAGUGGUUUUGAACAAGACAGAUG